UUGUGACUGGUUUGAUCCAGUCUUCUGAGCAUGCGCAAUCGGUGUAAACAGGAAGAAGCUGCGAAAACCAGGGAAAAUCUAGAAGACGAAUAUAUAUUCAACGGGGGAAAAAUCAUAACGUUAAUUGAUUACUCGUAAUUGUAUUAUUUUAGCGCACGAAUAUGUCAACGAAUAUUAUUCUGAAUGAAGUAUUUUAGCACAGCGGUACACGACGAUAGUCAGCAACGUUACAUUAGCUAGACUGUUUAUUUUUUACAGAUUGGCAACUAACUGAAGCUAGUAGCUGUCGUUUCGUUUUACUAGAAAAUAGUUUGCAAGAAUCUAAUUUGGACAGACAAGUCGAGCAAUAUUUUUUCACACUGCGGCCUGUGAACAACGCCGGGGAUUGUCAGUAAACUAACGUUACACGGUUCAUUUCCCCUCUCCUUUCAAGUCGCCCGGAUGGCCUGCUAACCUCCUAUUGUCGGAGUUUCGGGUCAGACUCCCCUCGUCCAAGCACGUUUUUUUCCCUAAACCCUGUCUGUUGCUAACUACGAGAACAGACAGUCUAUAGAAAUGGUUCAGAAAGGUAAGGCGGUGGUGGGGACGUCUCAAGUGGAGGUUGAGGCGAGCCCAAGCUCGGGGCCGUCUGAGGCUGGUUCAGAAGCCCCUGGCUCAGUGGAAGAACCGAGAAGCAUCGGGGCGGAACUAUCGUGCCGCAGGAAAUUCAUCAGUGGAGUCGUGGAGGGCUUCUACGGCCGGCCAUGGACAAUGGAACAAAGGAAAGAGCUGUUCAGGAGACAGCAGAAAUGGGGCUUGAACACAUACCUCUACGCGCCUAAAGAUGACUACAAACACAGGAUGUUCUGGAGAGAGAUGUACUCAGUAGAAGAAGCAGAACAACUGAUGACCCUGAUCAGUGCUGCAAAGGAGUAUGGGACCGAGUUCAUCUAUGCCAUCUCCCCAGGCCUAGACAUCACCUUCUCUAACCAGAAAGAAGUGUCCACACUCAAGAGGAAACUGGACCAGGUGACUCACUUUGGCUGCAAGUCAUUUGCCUUACUGUUUGACGACAUCGACCACAACAUGUGCCCCGCCGACAAGGAAGUGUUCAGCUCCUUCGCCCAUGCCCAGGUGUCCAUCACCAACGAGAUCUUUCAGUACCUGGGAGAGCCUGAGACCUUCCUCUUCUGCCCCACAGAGUACUGUGGAACGUUCUGCUACCCCAAUGUGGCCCAGUCUCCCUACCUGCACACAGUGGGAGAGAAGCUGCUGCCUGGUAUUGAAGUGCUGUGGACAGGUCCUAAGGUGGUAUCCAAAGACAUUACAGUGGAGUCCAUAGAGGAGGUCUCUAAGAUCCUGAAGAGAGCUCCGGUAAUCUGGGACAAUAUCCAUGCCAACGACUACGACCAGAAGCGUCUGUUCCUGGGGCCGUACAAGGGGCGCUCCACAGAGCUCAUCCCCCGCCUCAAGGGGGUUCUCACCAACCCCAACUGUGAGUUUGAGUCCAACUUCGUGGCCAUCCACACUCUGGCCACCUGGUACAAGUCCAACAUGAACGGAGUGCGCAAGGAUGUCACCAUGACGGAUGGAGAGGACAGUACUGUGUCUAUCCAGAUCAAGCUGGAGAAUGAGGGCAGUGAUGAGGAGUUAGAGACAGACAUGUUGUACAGCCCUCAACUGGCCCUGAAACUGGCCCUCACAGAGUGGCUGGGGGAGUUUGUAGUGCCUCACCAGUACAACAGUCGCCAGGUACCCCACAGCGGAGCUAAGAGUUCAGCUAUUGACGUGUCAUCACUAGGUGCUUCCUCCCUCUGCUCUGCUACUACAGUCACUACAGUGUUCCAACAGCCCAUCAUGACCCCCACAGGCGCCCCCGACCCCAACAACCACCCCAUGGCCAAGAGACUGCAACAACAAGAGGUGGAGGAGGUGGAUGUUGAGAAGAAGGAGUCUGACGAAGAGCCCAUGGAGAUGGUUGUGGAGAAACCAGAUGAGACGGAGCCAGAGUCAGACCCUGUAGCAGAGGCUGCAACUGAGACCAAGAGCAGCCUGGUCCUUAUAGACCAGAUGGCAGAGGAUCUGAAGCCCAUGGACACAGACAGGGAAGUCCUGGUUCCUGAGUCCAAGUCUCCAGAGGAGGACAUUGACAUGGCCCCCAUGCAGACAGACGAACAGCUCAAACAGGAUGUCUUUGUGCCUGGUCCCAAUGAGAAGGCAUUGUACAUGGCAGAGCCUCUCUCUCUGGAGGACCUGACCCUGCUAGCUGAGCUCUUCUACCUGCCCUAUGAAUACGGACCCAAAGCCCUGCACAUGCUCAAGGAGUUCAACUGGCUACGGGCCAAUAGCAGCACCGUCAGCGUCAACUGCGAGGGCAAGGAACCAGAGAAGGUUGUGGAGUGGAAGUCCCGGGCGGCGAAGUUUGAGGAGAUGUGUUGCUCGGUCAUCCAGAUGUUCACCAGGCUGUCUAAUUCAGCCAACCGCACCAUCCUCUACGACCUCUACCCCUACAUCUGGGACAUCAAGAGCAUCACCUCCAUGGUCAAGUCCUUUGUCCAGUGGCUAGGGUGCCGUAGUCAGGCCACUGCACAGUUCCUUAGUGGAGACCAAGAGCCUUGGGCCUUUAGGGGCGGUCUAGCAGGAGAGUUUCAGAGAUUGUUGCCAAUCGACGGGGCAAACGAUCUUUUCUUCCAGCCUCCUCCCGCACUGCCAACAUCCAAAAUCUAUUCCAUCAGGCCCUACUAUGCUAAAGAUGAGCAUGCGAUUUAUAAGAUCUGCAGAGAGAUGUACUCUGAAGGAGUGGAGGAACUGCCCUUCUCUGGAGAGGAGCCAGACCUCAUAGGCGACAGGUUAGUAGGAGGGUUCCUGAACCUGAGUCCAGACUAUGGGUUUGUCCUGGAGGACGAGGAGGGGAUCUGUGGUUACGCUCUGGGCACUGUGGACGUCAAGCCCUUUGUCAAGAAGUGUAAAAUGAGCUGGAUCCCCUCCAUGCAGGAGAAAUACAACAAGCCCGACUGCCAGAAGGACCUCUCUGAGGCUGAGAAGAUGAUGUUGAGUUUCCAUGAGGAGGAGGAGGGCCUCCCAGAAUCGUUCCUCUCCAACUUCCCGUCCCUCAUCAAAGUGGACAUCCAUGCCAAGGUCACCGACCCCAGCGUGGCCAAGAGCAUGAUGGGGUGCCUGCUCUCUUCCCUAAAGGCCAAUGGUUCCAUUGGUGCGUUCUGUGAGGUGCGUCAGGCAGACAAGAGGAUGAUGGACUUCUACAGUAAGCUUGGCUGCUUCGAGGUUGCCAAGAUGGAGGGCUUCCCCAAAGACAUAAUCAUCAUGGGCCGCAGCCUUUGAGAACAACUACAACAUCAUCAACACGGGACGCAGCUUCUGAGACAGUUAGCCUUGCUAACCAAGCAACCAUGGAGCUGUAUAGAAAGCUUAAGUCAGCCAGGCUAAGGAUCACUGUCUGUUACCUUUACAAAACAACCAAUACUUGAUGAUUUUAUACUUCAACCAGCUGGACUAGACAAGGCUAGAGGCAGCCUGUUUUUAGACAGUGUUCAGAAACAUCGCAUCUUGUACAGAUUCACUGUGCUGCCGCUAAAGGCCAAGAGCUCUGCCGGAUUGAAACAGAAUCCGAAACUGUUAAGAGCCACAGAGGUUAUCUGUAAAGCCCUGUGUGUGUUGAUUUGAGCCAAGAUGGCGGACGGUUUCCCUCUGUCUUUGGUCUCCAGAAUGGAGGUGAUGACUGUUCCCCGUGCGGCUGCAGGAAGUAGGAGCUGGUCAGGUGCCAUCCACUCCCAUUAGCCUUUCAGACCAUUCGACUUGACUGUCAGUAGCCGCGAGUGGGGGUCUGUCUGUGUCUCACGCAGACACAGUCAGGGGGUGUAUUGAGAUAUUACUCCAUCUGAAAUUGCUCCCCGUGUAACACAUUACUUUUGUCUGGUUAAAGGUAGUGCAGUGUAUAGAGAAUAGGGAGUUAUUUGAGACUUGGUAGUAGAUCAUGACACUACACCCUAGUAUAGGCCUAGCUGAUGGGGUGCUGGUUGGGGAAAAGGGGCCUUUAAAGUAUAUUACAGUUUUCUCCUGCACCACAGGUGGUCCUCCUAGCUAACAGAGUGGAGAGUGGUUUAUGAUUCCACCAAUACUGUUUUCUAGUGCAUCCAUUUCACUCUUGAGUUUGAAAAAUGGUAUCUUUCUGGUGUGUUACAGAUUCCUCAAUAGUUUACCUAACCAAGACAUGCAGAUGAAAUCAUAUGUUUGAGUGUUCGAGGAAACUUCUGAAGACUUAAGUAACGAGUUAUUUUCUUGAAACCCACCUGAGUAGAAAUGGAUAACCUUGAAGAGAGAGAAAGGAAUAUGUGGAAGUUGUCACUUAUGUUAUGGUUUGUUUAUUCCCUUAACCCUUUGCUUUUGGCCAUGUUUUUUACUAGGGAUGUAACGAUUUACCAAUACGCAUUGGUACCCGAUUUUAAAAUGUUUUAAGAUAUAAGUGUACGGGUCCACGGACCCCAAACCGAUCCAAAUGUAGCAUGCAUCGGUCAGAAAACGAUUUAAACGUUACAAAUUGCCGGUUCACCAAAAUGUUUUGCUCAUAUUACAUUCUUUCUACCUUCUGAAAAUACUUCUCAACUUUUGUGACAACUGAUGCGUCGUCUUUCCUUCAGUGUCGAACUGCAUGUAACUGUGUUGACAGUCAUUGAUCUACAAGUCAUUUUGCAUGCCGAACAACCCCAGGCAAUAUCAGUAGCCUAGUCAAACUGAUACCCUUUACAGACAGACUUUACGGUAUGUUGCCUGUUAAAAAUAAAAAUAAAAACAGGCAAUGUUUUUAGGGCACAAUUCAGUCACAUUUUUACCACAUUCUUGCCAGGAUAAGCCUUUUUUUAUAUCUCCCGUGCACAUGCCGGCAAGUGUGGGAGUAGACGUGGGGCCAAUGUGGGUGGACAUCCUAUUUUAAUAAAUCCAUUGAAUAUACUCCAUCACAAAUAAAUCCAUUAUUAAUUAGUUUUAGGCUGGACCUAAGAAACAAAACCCAUUUUUUCCCCAAAAAUAAUAGAAUGCCAUGUUUUGAGUUUAAUUUUGUUACUGGUCUGUGCGGCCUAUAUGGCUGUGGCAUGCACGUGAAAUCAAUAUUUAUUUUGUUAAUUAAACAGACGAAACAUACUUGGGCUACAUUAUUGCGUGCUAAAUGUUUCUGAUCAGUGAUGGAUGAGCAAACCGAUCGAUGAGCUAUACCACCUCCACUUAUUUUCCCAGCCAGAGAAUUAACCAAAUAUACAGACGAGAUUCAGUGAAACAAAAUCACAUUGAUUGAUUAAGACAAGUCACAGGCUUUUGGUCGGGAGUAGGCCUAGGCUACUAGGCGACUGCCAGUGAAGAGCAAAAUAAUUCACUUGUUAAGCUACAUAACAUGCUGGCAAAAUGUUCUGAUUGGUGCUAAUAAAUGACCCAACCAGACAAGAUGAUCAUGAGCAGCACUCACCUCAACUUAGCUAACAUUACCACAGCCUAAUUGUAGUUAACCAAUAUCCAGAGGUUCGGUGAAAAUAAAAAUCUGACAUUGAUUUAUCAAGACCCCAUGCUUGUCUCAAAGCAGUGCGAAACGGUGUUGAAAUAGUUGACCACACGCAUGUAGGCUGCUGCGUCAAUGAAAUGUAUUAUAACAGUUGGAUGACUGGGAGUUUCAGUAAGCAACAAUUUGAUGCCUUCAAUUGGAUUAGCCUACUUUAUUCCAAUAUUUUUGUCAUUCGGUGAUGUCUAUUCCAACGAUAAUUCUUUAUGGAUCCAUCCAGUUAUAGUUAAGGAUACUGUGUAUAUGGUGGGCUAUGCGAAGAUGGGUGAAGUGACAUGUCUCGCAAAGUUCAGAACUGCCAGGAUGAUAGUAGUAACUGUUGGUGCCUAGCAACCAUCAAGAACUUAAGAGCGUGCCAAUGCCGCCUCAACACUACGGCUACAUUUCAUACUAAGCCGUAGGCAGAACUGUACCGCAACCAAGUCGCCAGCAAUACCUUUCAUAUAUAAAGAGAAGUCAGCAAAAAGUUAUCGGGAUGCUAAAUGAAAAAGCGGAAAAACAUCUUGGUUUGGAAGGUGUAUGAGAAGGGUGCAAUUGCGGCCCGCAAUUCGUGGAGUUCCUGUAUGUUGGUAUUCCUGCUUCUGCAUAUUCAGGAUAAGAAUGCCCACAUUCAGGAAUGCCCCAAAUUGCAGGCUGCAUUCACACACUGUUGGUCAAACUGCGCACAGUGCCCAGUUUUGCACAAGGUAGGCGACCUGUUCCUGCUCUUGCACAUCUGUGCGGCACCUUCAGCGUGCAAAUGCUGAAAUGGCUUGCAUGAUAUUAGGCUUUAUUAGUUGAGUGACAACCUAUGUAAUUUGCUACGUUAUUGCUAUCUAUGUGCUGUUGAAAAUUGUGUUUUACCGGAAUAAAAGUAAGCUACCAGAGACAACUCAUCUGGCUAUACCUGCUGAACAGGGCUUACACUAGAUUUUGUUUUGAUUAUUCAGGUUCACCAUCAGCAAUAGUUUUGAUAGUUUUACUUUAAACAAUCAGUGUAGAUGGUCAUUUUUAGAUAUACAGGGUAAAUUUGAUAAUUUCAUGACAAGGACACCAAUCACUUUUGCGAGGCAUGGUCGACGCAAGAGGAUAUCACUCCAAAUGGUCAAAACCAUUUGAUUUUGAAAGAAAGUUGUGCUAUAUAUUCAUUGCCUAUGUCAUAGCUAAUUUGUGAACAAUAAAUAUUGAUACAUUGCUAGCUCUAACACUUAAUCUGCUAAAUUUCUCAAUUUUGAUUUCAGAAACAGUGGGGGGACAAAAAACAUGCCCCCCCCCCCCCCCCCCCCCCCCCCCCCCCCCCAAUCUGGUAGUGGGUUGGUAGAUGCCUAGUCUCCUUUAUGGCUCAUCUCAGGUGCCUGCAUAGUACAUACACCGCAUAGAAAUACAUAAUUUACACAAACACACACACACAGAGGCCCAGCUCAUUAGCUCCAUCAACAGCAGAUUUUAAUUUAGAAUGGAAAAUGAAUGUGUUUAUGCAACAAAUGUUAGUGCAUCGCCUCGACCGAAUCGCAUCGAUUCGUUCUCUAAUCAAACCUAAUGGCACAGAAUUGUUUCAAACUAAAACGUAUCGUUCCUGUAUCGUAUCUAGAUACGUAUAGAAUCGUCUUAAAAAGGAAAGAUGCACAUCCCUAUUUUUUACAGUAUGUUUAUAUAUUGCUUUUGUAUUGCCUUUUGGUUCAUUGCCUUUCUAUAUGAUUUUUCUACCUGUGGAUAUCUCCAAGGGCCCUAUUGCCCUGUACUGUAGCUCACAGGUGAUUAUCACACACUCUUAUCUACUGUCAAUCCACCUGACAUAUACAUAAGGGGACUUGAGAAUGGGUGGGUUCAUUUUAGAUUACUUGGUGCCCAGGGUGGGCUGAGUUUUGACAUUUAAUUACCAUGGAAUAAUCUACCUUCCGGUACCCCAGGCGAGCUAAAAAUGAACGCACCUUGCCUCAAGGGUGGGUCAUCUGCUCUGAAAGGUCUCUAGAUUCAGUCACAAAUCCAGUGCUCUGGCUCUUAAGCCAAGAGAGAUGAGCCAAAUCUUAAUGUUAGAAAAUGUGAAAAUAGGACGAAACAGUUUGCAGAUGCUUUAGCACUCCCACUAUAAUACAGCUGCUCUAUUUCUCAACUUCCCAUGAUGUGCUGAGGAAUGCUAACCACUAACCAUAAUCUUAUCCAGGACAUCAUGUUCAGUUAGAAAUAUACUGUGUAGAACAGACGCGAUUCCAUGCAAAGCAGAAUGAGGAACCAUGUCGGCUCUGUACGCCACAUUUCUAUCUGCAACGUCCUACAACUUUGCACUCACUUGAAUACCAUUGCUGCCCUUCUUAGGGUUGUUAAGCUAGAGUGACAUUGACUGACUACCUUCACUGGCCCUGGCUGUGUCAAGAGAAAUGGAGGGAGUGAUAUACUAUACCUGGGCCUUUUGUAUCUACAUAUGUGUUAAAUGUUUUAUACUCAGUGUUUCUCAUUUUGCUGUUUUUGUUUAUGUAAAGCGAGUAAAAAGCACUUUGAUCCUAACAUGAAGCCUUCUCUUUGUAACAGGAGGAUCAGCCGUAGCUCAUGUUGCUUUGUCCUAGCUGCCUGCCAAUGUGAUGUUUUGAUACUGCUACAUACAGUACAUCUGUGCUGUGCAUGAUGCUUAUUAGAUUUGUUUGGUUUAGCAAACAUCAGCAGAAAAAAAUCACAUCCAUAUUACAGUCUAGUUCACCGGGGGUAGUUGAUAGCUUGAUGCCCUUCCUCAACCUAUGACGUCACCGCAGACAAUAGACAAGUCAAUUAAACCCUGUAAAGGAAUAGGGGGGAAAUAAGACAAGUAUUUGGUUAGCUCAUUUUUGUUUUCUGAUUUUUGUCAUUUCUCAAUGAGCACAAGCCUGAAUCAGUUGAAACAUUUUAAACAGUAGUUAGAUUGAAGUAUUUGUCUUCUCUAUUCAACACGUCACCCUCCGUACUAUGUUAUUCUGUGGUGGUCAAGUAAAUUUCCCAGAGAGAAUAAAACAUGUAUCCUUCCAGUUCUCCACUGAUAUUGAAGGAUUCACUUUUCCAUAACGUCAGACAUUUUGUCAUUGCUUGUGCUAUUGUGACGACUGCUUUUUUUUCUGCCUCCUGAUUUUGAAAGUAUAGCUGCAGUUGAAAGGGAUUAUUGUAGGCCUGCAUUUGAUGAUACAUACAUAGGGACAUAGGUUUUUUUGAGGGGGCCGUUUACUGAUAAUGUAACUCAUUUCUGUAAAAUGUGUAUGUAAAAGGAAAAUGAUGGUUUAUAAUAUUAAUAAACAAUGUAAAAAGUG